CAGCAGCUGGUGGAGAUUGAUAUAGGUGGAAUUGCUGUAUUUCGUUAAAAUCCUUUCAUGAUCUUUUAUUUUAUAUUUUUUAUCCUAAGUCUCAAGAAUGAUGUCAACAACAGAAGGCGAGUUGGACGUUGAAGUUCCUCUGGACAGGGAAGAAGGGGAGUUGGUGGAUUCGGAUGUGGAAGAGGGUACUUACAAACCUCUGGCGAGGCCUGAGGCGUUCAACCCUCCUUCGUUAGUGCAUAUGCAGAUACAGGAUGAGCAGAGCGACGAGGGGUCGCCGCGGGAGUCAUCAGGGUCGGAAUCUGAUGAUGAGCCGCGGCGCCGCGCCAAGCGGACCAAGCUGCGGCCACGCCGUCCUCCACCACAACCAGAUAAGAAGAACAAGUAUAACAUUUGGUGCAAGGCUUUACAGGAAGACUUGUUAACAGAAGACAUGGUGAGCUGUGAUGUAUCAAAGAAGAGCAGAUAUGGCGUUGAGUCUUAUGAUUAUACUAUUAAGUAUAGAUUAGAUGAUAACUUUAUUAAUAAGAAGAAAAUAUUCACGAAUAACGAUGACUAUGAUGAUAGUGAACGAGUUUCUAAUAAACGGAGGCAUGAGGAUAGAUCUAAUGUGAAACUAAGGCUUGGGAAGCGAGAUAGUAGUCACAAUCGUAAUGAUAAAUUGAAGCCUCGGAUUCUUGGGGACCUGGUUGUUAGUGCAGAAGAUACUGCGGAACAUAUAGCUGACGAAAUAGCUAAUAAUUUGUCAGAAGAUAAAAAGGAUUUAGUUGGUCGUAUUGUACAAGUAGUUGGUGCUAACAAGGCUAUAGAAAUAUAUAAAGAAACACAAAAGUUAGAGGCGGAUGGUGGUAUGCUUGUUAUGAACGGUACCCGUCGCCGGACGCCAGGGGGCGUGUACUUCUUCCUACUGAAGCGUGACGGUGACGUGUCGCAGGAGAUGAUCAACCAGAUCUUCAACGAGGACCGCAAGGAGACGCAGCGCAAGAUCAAGCGAGCGCGAGCCAAGAGCCGUCAGACUGUCAUGGAACAGCUCAAACAGAGCCUCACAGAUUCGGAGCUGCCGUCGUUGUUAUCACGUGGCGAGGCGACAGUGCAGUCGGAGCACGGCUCGAACCCGCCGCCGUCGCCCGCGACAGACGCGCGCGACUGCUCGAGCGAUACAGACGCGCCAUGCGAUGCUCCGCCGCGCUCCCCACGCGACUACGACGACGACGACUUCCUCGAAGUCAUGUGUAACGAUGACAUGGACAUGUUCUAGGCGUGGACCCGCCAUAUCCACGGACUCAUUGUUCCAGCGAACUGCCAACAUAGGUUAAGGUCGCCGGUAAAUCCAAAGUUGUGUACUCGAAUAAGCGCUUACCGGCCCGGUCCGCACUAUAAGUGCCCGCGACCCGCCGACCUCUACGAUGACGCUGCAUGGUCAUCUCUGCCCCAUAAGAAGAUCCUCGUUUUAAUCCUAAGGGCGAGUGUAUAUGUAAGUCGUUUUAAGAGUGAUACAGUUGACGAUAUAUUAUUUUUGGUGAAUCCUACACAUAACAAUUGUAUUGUAAACACAGGGAGAUCUUUAUCACAAAUAGUAUAAAGUAACCAUCGGGUAUUUUUAUGUAUUAAUUUGAAAGCUAUUUGAAGUAGUCUAACAAGAACACUGAGAAGCCAGUUGUAGAGUCUGUUACAAUAUAAUUGUGCUUUAACAUUGAGUUUCCACUGGUACAUGAACUACACUUAUAAUUUAUUGCUAAUUAGUUUGUAGAUCGGACAUUACGAUUUUUGAUGACGCACUAUUUCCAACUAUACUUUCUCGUAACGACUUUCGUUACUCAAAUACUAUUUAUAUUUUCGUAGUUGUGCAGUGUCUCCCAAUCAUGAGACGGUGGAAUUAGGUCAGACUGACGACUGGGGCUGUCCGGCAGCUUCUUACUAACUUUUGUAUUAGACGUAAGUACGUAAAACUGCCAAUAUUUAAACGAUUAUAGUGUACUUUCCUGGGGACGCUCAAGAGUUUGCUAAGUCUAAUGGUGCGAAGAAUUAACUUGGAAGUGUUCAGUUCCUGUGUCGAGUGCUUGCGGGUGUUGGAGUAAUGUAUGUUAGGAUUGGCUCGUAGUAUUACUAAAAUAUAUGUUUACAAGCAAAACGUAAUAUAUUAACCAACAUUAUGAAAAUGUCUAACUUCUGUAGUUUUUGCAAUCAAUGGACAUUUUUACGGGAGUUUAGUGACUAUAUCACCAUAGUUGUUUUCAUGUUGCACUGAAGUUUACAGUUGAAAUAUUAUCACUAGUUGUUAAAGUGUGGGUUUAUAGGUAACUUCAUGAAAUAGAUGUUUGUUAGCUCACAUACCGGUACCAUUUCCUUUUAGACAAGUUCACAGUUUACUACUGGCAUGAUGUAAUUGUAGGGCAUUUUUAACUUGCUACUAUAUUCCACUAAUAUUGCCAAUAGGAUUGAGUUUAUAAGUCAAAACCAUUUAACUAUGUGAUAUUUAAAUGCAUGCAUUUGUGUGAAAAGCGCCUAAAUAAGUAUAAAGCUAUUGAUUCGAUGGACUCUACCCUGUAUAAAAUAUUUAUUAAUAUUCUUUGAUCUCAAAAACUGAGGAGGAAUUGGUUUUAUAUAUAACUGUAGCAAACGUCAAACUUAGAGGUGCAUACAUACGAUUCAAUAAUAUAUAAUGAUGUAUAAUAUUAUAUUAUAAAACCUGGGCAUUAUGGUGUUCAUAUCCGCCUAUAAAAUUAUUUUUGUUACUAAAUAAACUGAUUGUCUCUGGUUCAUUAUUGAGCUGUAUAAUAGCUGUAGAGGUAGACAAUAAAUAGCUAACUUUUUUUAUGUGGCAAUAUAUUCUGGGAGUGUGGCAACACUACAAAUUAUUCAGCCAGUGUCUGCUGCUCUCCUUGGUAAUGCCUCCUUGCCUUAGAAAGCAGGUACAAUAGGUACCUGUGUAUGUUACAGGUACACCACAAGAUUGUAUGUAAAUUGGCUAAUUGGUCAUAUUCUAAGGUCAAUUUCAAAAGUAGGAUAAGCAAAUAAGAAUCUUGUUGGUCUAACUGUUUUAUACAACUUGUGUAUAUUAUAGAUUGUUGUGUUAUAUCAAUUACUAUGUAUGUAUCGCCAAAAUGUUGAAAAGGUCUGUGCGAAUGUACUUGGGAGCUAUUGACUGUCUUUUAUACUGAAGAUCAUUGGAAGUGUUGUGAUGUUGAAAAUGUACAGUUAUCUGAAUGUUACUGAUAGACAGACUCUCGGAAAUAAUUUGUAUAAUAAAAUUGAGAAAAA